GACACACUUGUUCUCGCCAGCUACAUGCAUCAUGAAUGAAUCUGCCUCUAGUGGAAAUGGACAAGAGUUUGAUGUGUUUAGUGCUAUGGACUGGAAAGAUGGGAUAGGUACUUUGCCAGGAAGUGAUCUAAAGUUUAGAGUGAAUGAAUUUGGAGCCCUAGAAGUGAUUACAGAUGAAACUGAGAUAGAAAGUGUGAAGAAGGCAACUGCUACGACAACUUGGAUGGUGCCAACUGCUCAAGAAGCCUUUUCAGAAAAGACAGGGAUCCCCACAAAGUUGAAGGAAGCUGCAAAAGUGGAUGGACUUGUUUUCUGUGAAAACUGUUAUCGCUAUGGUACCAUAGAAGAAUUUGUUCCUGAAGGGAAAUUUUGCAGCCAGAAUUGUGCCCAGCAAGUAAAAAUCAAACAACCAAAGGAGGAAAAGCCCGACGUGGAAUGCAAUGGUGAAGAUGAUUCCAAAGGCAUUAGGAAGAGAAAAACAAAACUACCUUUCAAAGAAGAGUGCAAGGAUAAUUGGGAGAAGAAGGAGAAGCCUGAUGAAACUGAGGACAAACAAGACGGAAGGAUCUUGAGAGUCUCACAGCGAGCCAGAAGAAAAAGAAAAGGGGAAAUAACAGUUUUGAAGCAAACUGUGCCCUCUAAAGGGAAGCAAGCCUGGUGCUGGGCAUCCUACUUGGAGGAAGAAAAGGCUAUUGCGGUACCAACCAAGCUUUUCAAAGAGUACCAGUCUUUCCCAUACAACAAAAAUGGAUUCAAAGUAGGAAUGAAACUGGAAGGUGUGGAUCCAGAACACCAGUCAAUAUACUGUAUCCUCACAGUGGCUGAGGUUUGUGGCUACAGAAUACGACUCCAUUUUGAUGGAUACCCAGAUUGUUAUGAUUUCUGGGUAAAUGCUGAUUCUUCAGAUAUUCAUCCUGUUGGAUGGUGUGAGAAAACAGGUCACAAGCUUCAUCCACCUAAAGGAUACAAGGAAGAGGAAUUUAGCUGGCCCGCGUAUCUAAAGGCAUGCAAGGCUCAAGCUGCUCCUAAAUCUCUAUUUGAAAACCAGAAUGUGACAGUGAUUCCAUCGGGAUUUCGAGUGGGAAUGAAGCUUGAAGCUGUAGACAAAAAGAACCCCACUUUCAUUUGUGUUGCUACGGUAACAGACAUGGUGGACAAUCGUUUUCUGGUUCAUUUUGACAACUGGGAUGAGAGUUACGACUACUGGUGUGAGGCAGCUAGCCCACAUAUUCAUCCUGUUGGAUGGUGUAAAGAGCAUAAAAGAACCCUCAUCACCCCGCCAGAUUACCCACAUGCUAAACACUUUUCCUGGGAGAAAUAUUUGGAAGAAACCAGUUCCUUACCUGCACCUGCAAGAGCUUUUAAAGUGAAACCUUCUCACGGCUUUCAGAAAAGUAUGAAACUUGAAGUAGUUGACAAGAGAAAUCCAGUGUUUAUCAGAGUAGCAACUAUUGUAGAUACUGAUGACCAUAGAAUAAAAGUUCAUUUUGAUGGCUGGGAUAGUAUUUAUGAUUAUUGGACUGAUGUAGAUAGCCCUGAUAUCCAUCCUGCAGGCUGGUGUGCAAAAACUGGACACCCUCUUCAGCCCCCACUUAGUCCCUUGGAAUUAGUGGAAGCUUUAGAGAAUGGAGGUUGUCCCAUAUCGGGAUGCAAAGGAAUUGGGUACAUUAAAAGAGCAAGACAUAUCGGCCAUCACAGUGCAGCGAGCUGCCCCUACUCGGAGCUGAACGUGAGCAAGGAGAGUCUCCUGCCCGACCGGCUCAGCGGGGAGAUGCCUGCGGCCAGCCCCGGCCCCCGAGGCAGGAGAGCCGAAGCCAGUGAACGAUGCAGCUCUCCUGUCAUCAGGUAACUACAGAGAUUCCCUAGUCCUGGUCAUAUAGACAUGAAAUCUCCAGUUCAUAACUGAUUAUGUGGAAAGUCCCUGUCAGAAAUGGUUAAGCAGGAAGAUCCAGAAAGUAAAUCUCCUUGCAGGAAGCCCUCGUUAUGGGAUGUGGCAGAAAAGAAGCCAUGUGGUGGAGUGCAACAAACAAAAGACUCCAUAAAGACUCAAGAGUGUGAAGAGGAGGAGACAGAAAAUAAGCUGCUCGUUUCAAAUGAAAUUAAAGAUGUUGAAGAGCCCGGUACCCAGAGGCUUCUUCCUCAACCUGUUGUGGUGUCUUCCAAGUUGCAAAUCCCCGGCCUUCCCUUGCGCUGGGAGCAACAGAGCAAGCUCCUGCCGAGUGUUGCUGGGAUCCCAGCCAGCAAAGUUUCCAAGUGGAGUACGGAUGAGGUGUCUGAAUUUAUACGGAGUUUACCGGGAUGUGAAGAACACGGCAAGGUGUUUAAAGAUGAGCAAAUUGAUGGAGAAGCAUUUCUGCUAAUGACCCAAUCAGACAUAGUGAAAAUCAUGAGCAUUAAACUGGGACCAGCCCUGAAAAUCUUUAAUUCCAUCCUGAUGUUCAAAGCUGCAGAGAAAAACUCUCACAACGAACUCUGA